AUGACUCUGGAGGACGUCCACGGACAGCAGCCCAUGCCUGCGGGCCACGACUGGAUGCAGGGCGCCGGCACGGCCCUCCACGAGCUGCUGGUGUCGGCGCAGCGCCGAGGCUGCCUCACCGCCGGCGUCUACGAGUCGGCCAAGCUGAUGAAUGUCGACCCCGACAACGUCGCGUUCUGCGUGCUGGCCGCGGACCAAGAGGACGAGGGCGACAUCGCCCUGCAGAUCCAUUUCACUCUGAUCCAAGCCUUCUGCUGCGAGAACGACAUCGACAUCGUGCGUGUGAACGACGUGGCCAAGCUGGCGGCUAUCGUGGGGCCCAGCGAGGACUCCGGGGAGCCGCGGGAUCUGCACUGCAUCCUCAUCACGAACCCGAAUGAGGAAGGCUGGAAGGACCCAGCUCUGGAGAAGCUGAACUUGUUUUGCGAAGAGAGCCGAAAUGUCAAUGACUGGGUGCCAACUAUCACCCUGCCUGAGUGAUGGUC